CCAUAGUUGACAGGGCUCUCUACGGAUCUUGUGAUCCAUAGACUGAAUCAGUCUUAGGUAAGUCGGUCAGAGGGGGCGUCUAAGUGGUGAGGAGCGGAAUCGUCACUUGGUUGUGCACCUUUCACCAUGGUUGACAUGCGUAGGAUGCGAGCACCUCCCCUUAUAUGGCAGAGCAGGAUGCGAAAGCUGCCACCAACUUGAAAGAGAGGAGAGAAGAAGGAGGCCAAGAAGAAGGCCCUGAUGGAGGAACAGGCGGCCAAAUUGAAGAAGAUUGAGGAGGAGAUGGCCAGAGAAAAAGAGAGGUUAAAGAAAGAAGAAGAAGAGAAGCUCAAGGCGGUAGAAGAGGAGGAAGAGGUAGAAGAACAGCCACUGGAAAGGCGAAGGGCAGGAAGAGGAGAAUCCAGUGGUACAAAAGAAGAUCAGAAGGAGAAGAAAAUUACAGAGUGGGUUGCUUUAUCCCUGGGGGAAGAAGAGGAGGCACUGAUGUAUGUGCCCAGGGAAGAACAAGAGGCCGCCAUGAAAGAGUGGGAUGCAGAAGAAGACCCACUCAAGCGGCAAGCGAUAGAGGAUGAGAAGAGGAUGGAGUGGAAGUUCCGAUUGACGAGGGAGAGGAAAAGAAGAAUGGAGGCGGCGAGCCAGGCGGCGAAAAAAUUAGUGGAGGUAAAGAAGCAAAGAGAGCAGAUGGCAACGCAGGUGGACCUAUUGGGGAAGAUGGAGAUAAUGGCGAGAAACAUAGAGCGCCUGGCCCAGGACCAGGAAGAACAAUAUUUGUUUGGUAGAGGACAGGACACUGCUUUGCGCUCUAUAUGACUGGGGCUCAGGGACUUCACAAGGGAAUUGGCGACGCAG